UUUGCUGGCAACUGCGUUCUUUCCUCCACCAACUCCUCCUAUUUACGCACACAGACGAGAAAAUCAUAAUCAUCGGAUCCUAGGGUUUCGCCGUUUCUCUCUAGUGAUCUGAUUUCAAAAAGAAGUAAGAAAAAUGGUUCGUGUCAGCAAUGGAAUCAUCACACUGAUUAACGUUCUAACGUUCGUAAUUUCUUUAACCGCCAUUGGUUUAUCGCUUUGGUUCGGUCUAAAUUCACACACCCAUUGUCACAAAAUUCUCCAAAAACCUCUAUUAUUUGUGGGUUUAGCGCUUUCAAUUGUUUCGUUAUUAGGGUUAUUUGGAUCGUGCAGCAGACUUUCAUCUUUCAUGUGGAUUUAUCUUAUAAUCUUGUUCUUGCUUAUUGUCGGAUUGGUGGCUUUUACCGUUUUUACUAUUGUUGUUACGAAUAAACACAUCGGAAAAGCAUUGUCGGAAAAAAGGAUUGGAGAACACAGGCUUGGAGAUUAUUCGCGUUGGUUGCAGACUUACGUGAUUAAUGCAGAAAACUGGGAUGAAAUCAAGAAUUGCCUGGUUGAUGUGAAUUUGUGUCGGCAUUUAACGGCGAACAAGGGCGAGGAGGAAUUUUUUAUGCGUAAUCUGUCUCUAAUUCAGUCGGGUUGCUGCCAACCACCAGCAUACUGUGGCUUCCAGUCCCAGAAUGCAACCUAUUGGAUAGUGCCUAAAACCAGCCCCGCUGUGCCCAAUCGGGAUUGCAAGACGUGGAGCAACAUCCAGAAAGAACUCUGCUUCGACUGUGAGUCGUGCAAGACGGCUGUACUGAACAAUAUUAAGAAAGAUUGGAGACUUAUAGCCAUCAUUAAUUCAAUCAUACUUGUUAUUGUAAUUAUUGUCUACUCCAUUGGAUGUUGUGCACUCAAAAGCAAUUCUUCUAGUGGAUACCAGAAAUACAGUGGCCCUGCUUAAUGAAUUAAAUGUGAAAUGUGGAUGCAAUAAACUCUCUGGUGAUUCUAUUGCUGUUGAUUUAGUUAUUAUU